AUGGCAUUCAGACUCGUUAACUCUACUAUUGGAAUCGCUCCAAGACUAAACCAGACAGUAUUAGGUUUAAAGAGUGGUGCUAACGUUAGAGCAGUGACCGUAUUCCAAAUUGCUAAUUUUCAUGCAAGUCGAGCUGCUGGUCUUCAGACCACAAAAGUUGUCAGAGAUGGUGCAAGCUUUAUAAAAGGCUCGGUGAAUGAUGCAGUAGUUCUUCCGGCAAGGGACAAAUUCUUCGGUUCCUACCACUGGUUUUUUGAACGUUCGCUCUCCAUUAGUCUCAUUCCUCUUACUGCAGCCUCAAUUGUUCAAGGUGCCCAUCCGAUCACUGACCUUCUUCUCGGCGUCGUGCUUCCCAUUCACUGUCACGUUGGAUUCGACGCUAUCAUCACCGAUUAUCUGCCUACUAGAAGGGCGCCCACGUUGCACAAGUUGAGUACUUGGGGCUUAAGAGGGGCAACAUUGCUUGUACUUAUCGGGUGCUAUCAGUUUAACACUAAUGAUGUUGGGAUGACUGAGUUGGUUAAGAGAGUCUGGCAUGCUUAA